AUAUGGAUAAAAAUUAUAAUAAUGACAUAUGGCUCCUAAUUAUGGGAUUACAAAAUUUUAUUUGUUCUAAUUUUUAUAAAUAUAACUGUAAAUGUUAAUUGACAUUAUUGAUCCAAUCACCAAUUAUAUUUUUAAUUAAUGUUCAAUCGCAACUUACAUUAAUGUUACUUUUAACUAACCUUUGAGUUAUACAGUGACGUCUGCUGAGACUUAAAAAAAUUAAUACCCGAAUUUAGGGCCAAGGUAUAUUAACGUGUCAUUCUAUAGAUUUUGUACGAAACAUGGUACAAUUUAAGUUUGUUAGGCUAGAUAAUUAUCAUUAUCGUCAUUAGAAAUGCAAGAAAAUUCAAGUUUUCCAAAAAAAGUAAAAUAUUAAAAAAAAUAGAAAUACAAAGAUAUUUGCUAUUCUUAAGCAAAUUCUGAUUCCUUUUCUGCGAAUACAAAAUCAAAUGUAUGUACUACAGAAAGAUCUAGUUAUAACUGAAUAAGGCUUGUCCUUGAAAAGAUUUUCCAUUUAUGGUUUUUUGAGUUCUUUAGUGUAUGAAUAUCACCAUGCCUGAUAAACGAUUACAAGCGUAUCGCAAGUACCAACGCAUAACUAAGACUCUACUUAUUAUCAGUGGUUGUUGGUACAUGCCUACAAAAUCCGACAAGUCCACGCGCUACUGGCCAGUGUGUGUGUUUUUGUUAAUGAUCAUGUACACGACAAUGACCUUUCGUACGACCUAUCUCUUUAGACAUAAAUUGGCAAAUAUGAUGAAAAUGGUAGGCAUGGCUACGUCUGCAGUUAGCGCUAUUGUUAAGGUGUCAAGCUUCAUGAUAAAUCGCAGCUCUCUGAUAAAUAAUCACCGGACGCUAAAUGAUUUUUAUGAGGAAGAGCUUAUGCAAAACGAAGAAAUCCGGACGAUAAUAUUUUCGCUCCUGCGUGCAACGUACACUCUAACGUAUACAUAUGUCAUUAUUAUGAUAGGAUUGAUCACAGCAUAUCUUGUGCCUCCGUAUAUAUUCAUAAUUCGCAAUCUUUCCCACUUCCAUUCAACUACGAAUUACACCCUGCCGCUCAGCAGAGGGUACGGAUACUUCUGGACCGUUCCCGAUAAUUUUUGGUAUCAUCUCCAUUUGAUCGUCGAAACGAUUUUCGGAUCGCUCAGUUGCAUUACGGCGUGCGGCGUCGAGAGCGUUUUUAGUUUAUUUGCCUAUCAGUUGGCCUCGACUGCGCGCGGCAUGAUUUACAGGCUCACGAAUCCUUUGCCCAACAAGAAAUUUUCGGAUCUGUUGAAAACGUGCAUUGAAAAACAUCAAAAGUUGCUGCAAUGUCGCGACAUACUGGAAAAAGUCUACGCACCCAUCAGCUUUUGGCAUAUUAUCUCCAAUGCUAUAGUUCUUUGCUCGCUGAUAUACGAUAUUACAACAAGCGAUGAUUUUCGUAAUGGAAUAUAUUUUGGCGAAUGGCCUAAAUCUGAACUCGAUCGACAUGUCAGAACAAAUGUUAUUUUGAUGAUGAUGCAAAAACCGAUGACUAUGUACGCAAUUUUCUCUCCCGUCGAGAUAGUCAUGUUCACAAAUUUUGUAAACGCUACAAUGUCCUACUUCUUCCUGUUACAAUCUGUUGGUGAUAAAAGCGGAUAAAAGUGUUCUAUCUAUGUCUCGUAAACUCUGGCAAACACAAUAUUACUUUAAUGAGAGAAUAAGAAAGUACAAGAUUUAAGAAAGUACAAUCAGUUUUAUUAACUUUUUAUUAUUACACUAUUAAUAUUUAAUAUAUAUUUAAACAAUUUA